CGAAAGUGAAUGUAUCCCGCUUGUAUACAUUCAGAAUGAUGAUGAAUUCAGAGAGAUUAAUUAUAAAAGCCAAUGGUUAUUCGAUAAUCCGCUUGAAGAACCGCAUUGUUUUGAACAAGUUACAGUUGAUGAUAUAACUCUUAAAGUAGGAGAUGCAGUUGAGGUAGUUGCUGCUGAUGGAUCUACUGAUGGUCGUUGGUUUUGGAAACUUGAUAAGGAUGUUAGUAUUAAUAAAUCAAGAGAAUUAUUUUUCUCGUCCAAUUGUGAAUGCCAGGAACCGUGGCCUCUUGAAAAUAUAGUUCGCAAG